AUGGAGGCAAACAAGGACCAAAAACCUGCCCCCGUCCUAGAGGCAAGCCCCGAGGCUCUCCAAAAGACACCCACCAGAGACGAUGAACUCUACAAGCCCAAAACGCUCAAGUUCUGGCUCGUCCUGCUCUCCACCUUUACCUCCAUGUUCCUCGUCGCGCUCGACCGCACCAUCAUCGCCACCGCCGUGCCGCGCAUCACCGAUGACUUCAAGAGCCAGGGUGAUAUUGGCUGGUACGGCUCCGCCUACAUGCUGACCACCGCCGCCUGCCAACUCGUCUUUGGCCGCAUCUACAGCUUCUACGACCUCAAGUGGACCUUUCUCGCCUCCAUCGUCCUCUUCGAGAUCGGCUCCGCCGUCUGCGGCGCCGCGCCUUCGUCGGUCGUCUUCAUCGUCGGCCGUGCCAUUGCCGGCCUGGGCUCCGCCGGCAUCAUGACCGGCGCCAUCAUGAGCAUCAUCCCCCUGGUGCCUCUCCAUAAGCGUCCCAUGUUCCAGUCCCUGUUUGGCAUGGUCUUUGGCGUCGCUUCCGUCGCUGGCCCCUUGAUCGGUGGUGCGUUCACGCAGCAUGCGACCUGGCGUUGGUGCUUCUACAUGAACCUGCCCAUCGGUGUCGUCGCCUUCGUCUUCCUCUACAUUUUUGAGUUCCCCAAGACAAAGCUGAUGGAUCUGCCUCAAAGGAAGAAGCUCCUCAGGCUCGAUCCCGUCGGCACGACCAUCUUUAUUCCUACCAUCGUCAGCCUUCUGCUUGCCCUUCAAUGGGGUGGCUCUACCUAUUCUUGGAAUAGUUGGCGCAUCAUUGUUCUCUUUGUCUGUUUUGCCAUUGGUGCCGUUGCCUUUGCGACAGUUCAGUAUAAGAUGCCGGAGUCAGCCUCUCUUCCUUGGCAUCUAAUCAAGCAACGCACCAUGUCUUUCGCCACUUUCUUUAUGCUCUUCCUAUCUGGCAGUAUGAUGAUGCUUGUCUACUACAUUCCCCUUUGGUUCCAAACGACCCACGGUGUUGAGCCUGUCAAGUCCGGCGUCUAUACGAUCCCCCUUGUCUUGAGUCUCGUCGUUGCCUCCAUCUUGUCCGGUGUCGUUACGCAAAAGAGCGGUUACUACGUUCCCACCAUGAUUUCUGGCCCUUGCAUUCUGCUCAUUGCCGAGGGCCUCCUCACCACCUUUACACCACAGACAGGUUCACCUCAGUGGAUCGGCUACCAGUUCCUCGCCGGUUUUGGUGUCGGCCUUGGUCUUCAGUCGUCCAAUCUGGCUGUCCAGGCCACCGUUGACAAGAACGAUGUCGCCACCGGCAUGGCGAUUUGCUUCUUCGCCCAGCAGCUCGGUGGCGCCAUCUUUGUGUCUGUUGGUCAAACCAUUCUCAGCACCAUCCUCGUUUCACGCCUAUCGAAUAUUCCUGGUCUGGACCCCCACAAGAUUCUCAGCACGGGAGCUACAGAUUUGCACAAUGUCGUCCCUCCCCAAUAUUUUGGUCAUGUUGUGGACGCGUACAAUUACGCCGUCACUCGCAUCUUCAUCGCAUGCCUGGCUGUCACGGCUGCUCAGUUAUUGUCUUCUCUCGGUAUUGAGUGGAAGUCUAUCAAGAAGCCUGCGCAAGCAAAAGCCGUCGACCCUGAGGAGCAAACAGAGGACAAGAGGUAG